AUGAUGAAAACGCGAAACCACGCUGAGUGUAUAUUGCAUUUCCCGUCGUGGCCAGAGAAUAAAAAUGUUGCUCGAGGCAAGCCAGCGUAUCAGUCUAGUACAUUAGGCCCUAAUGUGGCUUCAAGAGGUGUAGAUGGAAACGAUGAUACCGACUUGUCGCAUGGCAGUUGCUUCCAUACUCAGUCAGCAUGCAAUAACUGGUGGUACGUCGACUUGGGGCAAACCUACGAAACGGUUAGGCUAAUAGAAGUGUUUAGCAGAGCAGACUGUUGUGCUGACCGAAACAAAAAUAUUGCAGUACAGAUCGGCACUUCUUUGGGUAACCUGGAACAAGUGUGGUUCUGGUCUGAACAGCUCUGGGAGUACGAAUUUGUCUAUUUCGAUGAGAAUAAAGUAGUGCGAUAUGUUAAACUUGUACACACUGCAAACACUCCUUUUCACCUUUGUGAAAUUAAAGUAAAAGCAGAUAUUUGA